AUGUCAUAUCCUGUUGUAGAUGAUCCUUUAUCAAAUAAUACUGCAAGAUUAUCCAUUUCACAAAUUGAUGUAGAAGAAGAAAAUCCAAGGUCAAGAGUUAAAGAAUUAUUAACAAAUAAUGAAACAUAUCCUUUAGAAAGGAUAAGUUCAGCAAUAUCAUUAGAAUCAGUAGCAGAAGAUGAUGAAAAUACUUUAAAUUCAAAAAAUGAUUCCAAACUGAGUCCCAAAAAAAUCUUAAAACAAAAGAGAAGAAGAUCAUCAAAUCAAUCUUUAAAUUCAAAUACACCACCAGUUAAAAAGGAAAAAAAAUUACAUAAAAAGAAACUAAAGAAACAAUGGGGAAUACCAAGUAUUGAAUUUCAACCUACUAAAGAACACAUUAAUAAUGAAAAUUCAAAAAGAUUUCCAUUAAGAAAUAUAAGAUCAUUAAUUUUACAUAUUUUUAAUGUACCGACGGGACAAGGAAUUAAAUGGUGUAAAACUCAAAAUAUUGAAAAAAUUAAAAAUGUGGUAAUUGUUUCUGUUAAUGGAUUAGAUAUAGAACCAACUGAUAUAAAUGAAACAAAUUCAAAAAAUACAAUCCAAAAAGUACCAAUACAAAAUUUAAAUUUAAAUGAGGAAUUAUCAUUUUUUAAAGAAACCUUUGCAGAAGCUAUACAAUGUAUGUCUCCUGGUGGGAAAGAUUCAAUCUAUCAAACAUUGGAUUCUAUAUGUAACAUACCUUUAUCAAAGAAUGAGAGAAAAGUCAUUUUAGAACAACUGAAAAGGGAAAAAAUCACAAUAAAAGAUUUAUUAUUGGAUGAAAGUCAAUUAAAAUUAUAUGAUUAUCCUAUAACAAAAGAAGAUGAUAGUUGGUCAGAAACUAUAACACCAAUUGAUGAAACAAGAGAUUCUAAAAUAUUUGCAUUAGAUUGUGAAUUUUGUAAAGCAGGAAAUCUUCAAGUUUUAACAAGAAUUUCAUUAAUUGAUUUUGAAGGUCAAGUUGUAUUUGAUAAAUUAGUUAAACCUGAACAAGAAAUAACUGAUUAUGUUACAAAAUAUUCAGGUAUAACAGAAGAAUUAUUAAAAGAUGUUACUGCGACUAUACAAGAUAUUCAGUUAUUAUUUUUAUCAACAGUUUUUAAAUAUGAUAUAUUAGUUGGUCAUUCUUUAGAAUCUGAUUUAAAAGUAAUGAAAAUUAUUCAUAAAAAUAUUGUUGAUACUGCAGUAAUUUAUGAACAUAAUAGAGGACCACCAUCAAAACCUUCAUUAAGAUGGUUAGCUAGUAAUUUCUUAGCAAGAGACAUUCAAUUAGGUGAAGAUAAUGGAAAAGGUCAUUCAUCAAUUGAAGAUUCAAUCACUUGUUUAGAUUUAGUAAAAUUGAAAAUUAUAGAAGGUAAACGUUUUGGUACAAAUUUAAAUGAAAUGUCAAUAUUUGAAAAACUUCAUAAAACGAAAAAUAUUCUUCACAAUCAAGAUUAUUUCCUUCAAAAUACGUUUCAGUCCAUCAUCCUAGCUCAUGAUAAAACUUUAGAAUCCUGUACGACAUCGGAUUAUGUCAUAAAAUAUGAUGUAAAUGAUGAUGAAAAAUUAAUACAAUAUUAUAAUGAAUGUUUAUUAAAAAUUCCUGAGUUUUUAGUAAUUCAAUUAAAAGAUUUAGAAUAUAAUUUAAAAUGGUCAAUACCUUCAAAAAAUUACAAUGGAGAAUUAGAUUAUGAUAUAAAUGAAUCCAAAAAAAGAAUAAAUUCAAAACUCGCUAAUAUAUAUGAACGAUUACCAACAAAUACUUUAUUUUUAGUUUUUUCUCAACUGAAAGAUCCAACUCGAAUGAAUAAUUUGCAAAAAAUUAAAAACAAGUUUCAAUAUUUAGAAAGAAAUGAUAAAUUAGAUUUGGAAAAAUUAUCAAAAGAAGAAAUAUGGGAUCAAGAUAAAGCUGAUGAAUUAUAUAAUGCUACUAGUCUUGCUAGAGAAUCUUUAUUGUUUAUGAAUGUUAAAACAGAAAAUGAAAACUCAUGA